AAAAAAAACCCAUAACCCUCUUUCCUCACCCCCCCUUCUGGAAGAUGUCGGUGUUUGAGGUAACAGGAAGCGGUGUCAGUGAAAAUGUGUUUAGCAAAUCCAUUUCGUAUUAUUUUUAAUCGAAACUAUUGUAGAUUAUUUAUUUGAACAUAAUAGCAGAUGUUUACAACGUCGGUUAUUCGUUGAGUAUCGCUGCAUUGGAUAUACAAUCCGGAUAAACAACGGGUGGCAUCAUUGCUUUUUCUGUGGUAAGAAGAUUUUUCCAAAGUCUUUUAAAUGAGAAUGUCCCUGGCACAGAGGGUGCUGCUGACCUGGCUCUUUACUCUGCUGUUCCUCAUCAUGCUGGUCCUCAAACUGGAUGAGAAGGCCAACUGGAACUGGUUUCUGAUCUUCAUUCCCAUCUGGAUCUUUGACACCAUCCUGCUGGUUAUGCUUAUUGUCAAGAUGGCCGGCCGCUGUAAGUCUGGCUACGACCCUCGCAAUGGAUCACAGAACUUGAAGAAGAAGGUGUGGUACCUGGUGGCUAUGCUCCUCAAACUGGCUUUCUGCCUUACCCUGUGUGCCAAGCUGGAGAGGUUCACAGAUAUGAAGCUGACAUUUGUCUUCUUACCGCUUUGGGCUCUACUCAUAGGGGCUAUGGUGGAGCUGGGAUUAAAUAUAUUUUGUGAUAGAAGAGAGUAGUCUGCAAAUACAGGAAGGUACCAACCCUGUUAAAACAUUUGCUUAUUUACAUUAUCUAUCAGAAAACAUGAAUAAACUGCAGUCUCUCUUGAACCUUUUCAGAGACUGGAUAACACUAAGUCAAUUCAGUAGCAAGGUGCAGGCUACGGUCAUGUAAGAUGUGUUAAAUAUAUUGAUUUUGCAUACUGAUACGUACUGAACAAUAUGAAUGUUUCCAUGCAGAAAGAAGCAUCUGAUGGAGAAUAUAUCUUUUUUUUAAUUGCAUGUCUAAAACUACUUUAUGUUCUUGUAUUUAUCUAAUUUCAAAAACAGUUAACAUGCAAUUGGGAAAGUUAUGAAAGCAUCUGCAUAAAACACAAAUAAACAUGCCUGCAGUACCAUGACCAACAUUUCCAUUUAACUGUAAAGCAAAACAGACAAGCACUGUAUAUAUCUGCCAUUGUGUAUGCCCUACUGUAUAUGUAUUCUGUAAAUAAAGCAUACUUUUGUUGACAA